CAUCAAGAAAAAGCAUCUUAAUUUAAGAAUUUUUAUUUAGAUAUUUAUACUGAAAACAAGACAAAAAUACUAAGUAAGAAAGUCUUUUUUUUGCAGUGAACAUGAGGGUGAGUAAAUGAUGACAGAAUUUUCAUUUUUGGGUGAACUAUUCCUUAAAGCACUUUAUGAUGCGGGAUCGUCUGAGACAAAUAGACAGGUGGUCUAAUAAAUUUGUUAAACAGUGUAUAUAUUGUAUGAUAUACACUUUAAAAUAAAUGCAGCAUGAAGUUAAAACAACUUGGAAACUGUUUAACCUAAUUUGUUAAAUUAUAAAGUAGCAUAAAAAUAUAUGUUAAUUUGACAAAAAUGCUGCAUCUUUUUUACAGUGUAGAAAAAAUUCUCCUUUCUCUUUCUUCUCUCUUUCCUCUUUUUCUCCUUCAAUAUUAGGUCGAAAAUUUGUUGAAACUUUUAUAUUAUUGUCUCUGAAAUCGUUUCCCUUACUGUUAUACAUCACUUUGGAUAAAAGCAUUUCCAUAAAUGCCUAAAUGUAAAAGUCAGCUCCCCUAACCAAAGCAAAACCAUAUUAAUUAAUGUAUGUCCAUGUUCCACUAACAUUUCACACCUUAGUAUCCAAAUACAAUUUGCCUUUGAAAACUUAAAUUACGUAAUUUAAAGCCAAGCAGGUUGUUUGCAAAGUAACACCUGUUUUUAAAGAAAUGUUACUUAAAAAAUGCCUCAAAAUAAGUUAAAUCAUCGUUAUUGUGGCCUUUAUCAAAUACUUUCAUGUGCGUUGCAUCGACUUCUUUAUGUGUGGUUUAAGUAAAGGCCAAAUUUACCAGGUAAAUCUCAGUAAAGAUUUGAAUAAAAAGAUGUCUCCUCCCUCUUAAAGACUUUAUGGUAUUGCCCGGCCCAUUGAAAGUGUUAAUGAGACAGUGCCAUUAAUGUGUCGGUGGAGGUCAUUGUCUUUGGGAUGGGAUUUCCGUAUUUAGGUUUCACUGUUAUCAAUCACUGUUAUUGUUCUGUGUCAUUCAAAUGCAGACGACGCAUUAAAUAUAUAUAUGCACGUGCGCUUUAACUUCCGCAUGGUUUGUCUGGGAGAGAUGCUGUCCCACAGACUCAUUAGAUUGGCUGAGGGGAGGAAGGGGUCCUGGGAACGAAUCGGAGAGGAAGUGAGGGACAUUUUUGGGGUAGACAUUGUGUAGUGCUCCCAGCAGGGGAAGAUAAACUCCUGAACAUCACAGCACUUAAACACUUCCUUUCACACACCUCUGUCAGAGCCAAAUCAUCCUACGGGUUUAAAUUUUACACUUUGACUCUCAUGUAAAUCUAUCUAUCUAUCUAUCUAUCUAUCUAUCUAUCUAUCUAUCUAUCUAUCUAUCUAUCUAUCUAUCUAUCUAUCUAUCUAUCUAUCUAUCUAUCUAUCUAUCUAUCUAUCUAUCUAUCUAUCUAUCUAUCUAUCUAUCUAUCUAUCUAUACAGACUAUCAGCCAAUACACACAGACUCCACAACCAAUCCAAUCUCAUGUUCCCACGAAGAUCCGCCCUCACUCAAAUGAGCCUCAGACAAUGGAGUAUAAAUACACCUAUGACUGACCUACUCCAUCAUUUCCUUGGACCGACUCUUCCAGUCACUCAUCCUAAGCAAGCACUCUGGACUAUGACCCCACCUGUGCCCGCUCUACUGCUGCUCCUGCUUGGCCACGGCAUCGGUGCCAUACCCAGUGAGCACUGGGAACAUCAGGGCACCUCUCGUUGUGUGCCCAUCCCGACCAACAUGGCUCUGUGCCAGGGCCUGGGCUACAACAUCAUGCGGAUACCCAACUUACUGGGACAUGAAUCGCCAGCCGAAGCAGUCCAGCAGAGCACCAGCUGGCUGCCGCUCCUCGCCCGCGAAUGCCACCCGCACGCCCGAAUCUUUCUUUGCUCGCUGUUUGCACCCGUGUGCCUUGAGAGGAUCAUUUCACCAUGUAGAAGUUUGUGCGAGUCUGUACGGGACAGCUGCGCCCCCAUCAUGAGCUGCUAUGGUUACCCCUGGCCUAGGAUCCUGCAAUGUGAUCAGUUUCCCAAAGAUCACCUGAUGUGCAUAUCCUCGGUUCCUCAUAUGCAUAAUGGCACCAGCAAUGAAGGAAGAGUGGUGCCGCGUGCUAGCUGCACAGACUGCGAGUUAGAGGAGGCUACAUCAUCCAAAGAGCUGCUGGGUCUAUUCUGUAAAAGCGACUUUGUGGUCAAAGUGCGCUUAUCCAAACUGAACUCCAGCAGCUCUGUCCUGACAAUUUUCUCCUUGGGUUCUCGGGUCGAAGUUCUGAAGCACGGUCCACUGCUGGGAGGGGAAAUGAGGAGUCGCCUGACAAUGUGGCUAGAGCGAGACGCCACCUGCGUGGGCAACCUGACCCGCCGCCAUCCUAAUGGGGGUACCUUCCUGUUGACGGGCAACGUGACCGGAAGGAGACUGCUGGUCACGAAAGCCUUUAGCUGGGGAAAACGCCAGCGGCACAUCAACCAGGCUGCCCGCAAAUGGAAAAGCCACCGGUGUAGAGGGUGAAUAGUGAAUUUUGGGAGUGUGUGUAUCUUAUAGUGUUCAUAACUAUUGUAAAUAAUAGAAGAUACUUGUUUUAUAUAUUUUUUAAACUUAAAAUAAUAAACAAUUUCAAUUGUUUUUGAAGAUGGAGUCCAUGUGUCAAUUUAAUGUUGCAAAUUUUAAAGGUGCCAAAGAAUGCAUUGAAAUUGUUCUCUGAUAUCUACAUGGAAGGUAUGUGGCUUUAUUAAGUGCAAAAAUUAUCCAAAGACAGUUUUACAUGUCAUUUACAACCCUAGGAUUUGCCCUUAGAAUGAAAUGGUCCAUUAUUUCCUUACUUGAAAGGGUCAUAAAUAAUAAUGUUGAGCUCUGCUCUGAUUGGCUGUUUCUCAGAGCAGCUCAUUUCAGUAGCUCGUGUGUGUGUGUGUUUAAACAGACCUUAUGUUUGAGUCUGUAUCAGACGAAGAUAUAGAAUUUAAGGAAUAAUCAAUUAUUUGGAGAUUGUUAAUGGACGUUUCUGAGUGGUAAGUUUGUGUUUUUUUUUUCAGUAUAGACCUGCAAAACUUAACUAUAACAUCAAUAGUAAAACUUUAGCCUAAAUGCUAGCAUUAACUAGCAUAUAGCGCUACUUUAACAGUCACAACUUUGUUUUUAACAUUGUAAUAACAUAGAACUUAAUUAAAUGUGUAAUUUAAUGUUGGGGCGUACAUCACGACUGUAACGUCACAGUUGGUGUUAUGUUGAGAUUGGCCAGUUUUCCAGAGGUUUUUUUGCAUGCACAAGGUUUACAUAAGGAGGCUCACAAUAUGUCAUUAGCAGAACUCUU